UGCCAGAGUAUAAAGGCUCACAGACGGACUCUCCGGGCUGCAUUCUGAGUGCGGAACGAGAAAGCACCACUAAUGGAAGUACAGAGAAAUAGCGCGCCCCAACAGACAAACAGCAGCAGUAUGUGCGAAUCGACGCAGAGGUCCUGCGAACCUCGCCGAAAGAGAAUGGAUGAGCGCAGCGCGCCCUCGGAGAUGGCCAGGAUAAUCACCGAUCCUGUCACGGGGAAGUGCUACUGCCGUGGAAAAGUUUUGGGAAAGGGAGGGUUCGCGAAAUGCUACGAGAUGACCGACCUCUCCACCAGCAAAGUUUACGCAGCCAAAAUCAUCCCACAUGCGCGCGUCUCCAAACCUCAUCAACGGGAGAAGAUUGACAGAGAAAUUGAGCUGCACAGAGCUCUGCACCAUAGACAUAUAGUGCACUUUUAUCACCAUUUUGAGGACAAGGAGAACAUCUACAUCCUGUUGGAAUACUGCAGUAGAAAAUCAUUAGCUCAUAUCCUUAAGGCUCGUAAGGUGCUUACUGAGCCAGAGGUGCGUUAUUAUCUAAGGCAGAUUGUCUCUGGGCUAAAGUACCUGCAUGAGCAAGAAAUCCUUCACAGAGACCUGAAACUUGGUAACUUCUUUGUGAGUGAGUCGAUGGAGCUGAAGGUCGGGGACUUUGGUCUGGCUGCCAAGUUGGAGCCAGCAGGAAACAGGAGGAAGACGAUCUGUGGGACUCCCAACUACCUGUCCCCUGAGGUGCUCAACAAGCAGGGCCAUGGUUGUGAAUCAGACAUCUGGGCCCUUGGCUGUGUAAUGUACACCAUGCUGUUGGGCAGACCACCAUUUGAAACCACCAACCUGAAGGAGACAUACAGGUGUAUUAGAGAGGCACGGUACUCCCUGCCCUCGUCCCUGUCACCUCAGGCUAAGCAGUUAAUCGCCAACCUUCUGGCCAAGAUCCCCGAGGACAGGCCCAACCUGGACCACAUUCUGAGGCAUGACUUCUUCACGCAGGGCUUCAGUCCAGAGCGUCUGCCGGCUAGCUGUUGCCAUUCAGCACCAGAUUUCCACGUUUCUAGUCCCGCCAAGAGCUUCUUCAAGAAAGCUGCCGCUGCGCUCUUUGGUGGGAAGAGAGACAAGGUCAAAUACUACGAGACUCUGAAUAAGUUAACCAAAGAGGAAGAGGAGAUCUACAAACUGCAGCACGACCUUGAGAGAACUGUCAUCAGCCAACAACAGAGCAAAAAGAUUUCAGAGAAUGGAAGUCUACUUCCACCAUCUGCCGAGAGCCCCGUUGCCCUGGCAACAGAGGGCCAGUCCCCGACGAUGCGAGAUACCAUCCGUCUGAUCGUCAGGGGGAGUCUGGGGAGCUGCAGCAGCAGUAGCGAAUGUCUGGAAGACAACACAACAGGGAGCGUGGCUGAAACUGUUGCAAGUGUGUUGAGGGGUUGUCUGGAGAAUAUGCCUAAAGCGGAUGACAUUCCUCAGAGCGCAAACAGCUGCAGUCUUCAAUGGGUGACUAAAUGGGUGGACUACUCCAACAAGUAUGGCUUUGGCUACCAAUUGUCUGAUCACACCGUGGGAGUUCUCUUCAACAACGGCACCCACAUGAGCCUCUUGCCAGACAGAAAGACCAUCCAUUACUAUGCAGAGUUGGGCCAGUGCUCUGUCUUCCCCACCUGUGAGGUUCCUGAACAUUUUGUUGGCCAAGUGACUGUGCUCAAGUACUUUUCCCACUACAUGGAGGAGAACCUCAUGGAUGGUGGGGACCUUGGUAGUAUGACGGAUGCACACAUGCCCAGACUCUACCUGCUGCAGUGGCUCAAGUCCGACCGCGCCCUCAUGAUGCUCUUUAAUGACGGCACUUUCCAGGUCAACUUUUACCAUGACCACACCAAGAUCAUUCUGUGUUGCCAGAGGGAUGAGUACAUGCUGACGUACAUUAAUGAGGACCGUGUCUCCAAAACCUUCAAACUCAGCUCCCUGCUGACGUCAGGCUGCCCCACUGACCUGCGUGAACGCAUGGUGUACUCCCUCAACAUGCUUCUGCAGAGAUGCAGCUAAAGCCACAAUAAUAUGCCCUGGACAGUGUUAAAACAGUCAAACCAAUGCACUGUGCUACCGCAGUGCUGCUUUGGAACAAUGAUUCAGAGAGGAUCUGCUCAAGACUGGCGGACCAAGGAGGGACAUGUGCAAAGCAAAUUAACAUUCCUACACCGUUGCACCUUCAUGACUCAGCAGAGGUGCGGGUGAAAAAAUAAUACGGAGAGACUGCAAGAGAUUGAGGAAAUGAAAUGUAGCACAAUGACGGUGGAUGGAAAAAAAAGGGCUGAUUUGUAUGUUGAUUGUUGCAGGAGAGGACAGGAUGAGUAUGUUGGUACGAAUGUGAACCCCCAGAUGUUUGUGGAGAAAGAGGGAUGUUUGGCAAGUAAAGAGAAAUGCUGGGCUGGCACCAGCUUAAUCAUGUAUAGUAUAGUUGAAGCUGUUUAUAAAGGCAAUCCAAUUAAACUGAUGCUCUGAAUGUAACCAGAGCUAGACUGUGGAAUAUUGUAAAUGAUGUACAGUGUGUGUCACAGCCAACUCAGCAGUGCAAAGAAAUGAUUUGCUAAUGCGUGUGGUUGCCACAGAGUUUGGCUGUUUAUAAGUGCAAGUGUGUAUGUGUGAGUGGGAGGGGUGUAAUAUCACACAAACUUUUAAAACUGUGAUUUGUUCUCUUCACUGACAGAUGGACUCAGCACAUUGAGCUGGGAACCGGAGGGGAGAUGUGAGGGAGGGGAGAGGGGGGAGCAGGUGGAGAGCAUGACAUUUAAAAAAAAAAAAAAACAAAAAAACAGUAUCAGAGAUCCUUACAGGAUCCCAUAAGAGCCAUUAUCACCUUGGUAGAAAAUGUCCUAAAUUAUUGUGUUUCAAAAGUGCAGUAUUUAUUUAUUUAAUAAUAAAGAGCAUUUUCUAAAAAAA